AUGCAAACAUUCAGAGACGAAAAUAAUAUUGUUCGACUCAGAACAAAGCUUCUCUUGGGAGAUGAAGAGGAAACUUUCAAGUGCCCCAUAUUGUUGCCCGGAAGCCAUGAGAUUAUUCAUCGACUGGUAAGGCAAAAGCAUUGUGAACUACAACAUGCAGGACUUCAAACUUUGAUUGCCAAUUUAAGAGAAGAUUACUGGAUUAUUUCGAUCAAUAGAUUAGCGAAACAAGUUAGCUCUAGUUGUAUUUUAUGUAAAAGAUUCAAGGCCAAACUUACAGAACCACCUUUUGCCCCUCUUCCUAAGAACAGAAUAAAGACUGCUGCAGUUUUUGAAGUUUCAGGAAUUGAUCUCGCAGGCCCUUUGUAUUUGCGUUCUAGCGAAAAGACAUGGGUUGUACUUUUUACCUGUGCCAUUUAUAGGGCUGUCCAUCUUGAAUUAGUCAAUUCCCUGUCUACAGAAGUUUUUAUUAUGGCUUUAAGAAGAUUCUUUGCUCGAAGAGGUAGAGUAAAUAUAAUCUACACUGACAACGGUACAAACUUCAUUAGUUCAAGCAAUGCUCUAAGAAAUUUAGAUUAG